ACGAGAGUUUAAUUUUGGUUGUUUGACAAUAGAAGCUGUGCCUUCUUGGAUUUCUGUGGUUCUUGACAGACCGCAUUCUUUGAGAAUGAAAACAGUCCUUUGCUGGCGUUCGGUGAAGUGACUUGUUUGACGAGACAUUCCUUUAUCUCGUCAUUAGCACAUGAACAUGCUCAUCCAACCUCAUUCCAGUCUGAGGGUUAAUGGGCGAGUUCUCACUCUAUGUGCUAUUUAUCCUCUGACAACUGUGACACAACACCGUUUUAUUUGUACAUGCUGAAUUUACAGUACAUUUUGAAUCAUAAAGGAUUAACUCAAUGGAUUACUAAUUAUGAGGGGUUGAGGAGAGAGAAUUAUCUCUUUUUGAGGAACUGCUGGAUACCUUUGAGUCACAAUGAUGGAACAGGAUGAAUCAAUGGACUUUAAAACCCUGAAGGCACGGUUCCAGGGUGAAAAUGGUCUGAAGAUCCAGACUAAACCUGCUGUCUCAGAGAAACCCAAAACCAUCAGACCGCUGCCAAAAGCCAGCAAUACUUUGAUCUCAUCUAUCAAUACUGCCGUGCAAAAAGGGACGUUGCAUGCACCACGAGUAGUCUUCAAAGAUGACAAAAAUCUCAGUCGCCAGCUCUCUCCACCCUGGGGAUUGAAGACUAGAGAGAACCAGCCAAUCAAAAAUGCUGAACAGCUAGAUAAUAACCAGAAGGAGGUUAACACUGUUAAGCAGAAUCUGAAAGACGAGAAUCUUCCACUGGUUCUGCCAGUGGGUCCCAGAAAUGCCGAAACCCCGGAGUCCGAAUCCAGCCCACUUACACCUGUGUCCGUUUCGCCAUUCAAAGUGUCAACACCCAAAAAGUUUGCAUUUACCCCUAAAAAAACUAGUAAAAAUGAAUGUGAGAAGACAGACCCUGUGAAGGAGGUAAACAUUAUCAAAAAAUCUUUGAAGGAUAGAAAACUCCCACUAGUUCUGCCUGUGGCUCCAAAAAAAUCAGAAACCCCAGAGCCUGAAUCCAGCCCACUUACACCUGAGUCCAUUGCAUCAGACAGAGUGUCCACACCCAAUCAUUUUGUAUUUACCCCUCAAAAAAAUAGCAAAGAUGAGAAUGAGAAGCCAGACACUGCUAAGGAGGUCAACAAUGUCAAAAAGUCUCUGAAGGACAGGAAUCUUCCACUCGUUCUGCCAGUGCCUACAAUAAAAGCUGAUGCCCCAGAGCCUGAAUCCAGCCCUGAAACACCUUUUUCCAUUUCACCAGUCAAAGUGUCCACACCUAAGAAUUUUGUAUUUACCCCUCAAAAAACUAACAAAGAUGAGAAUGAGAAGGUAGACACUGCUAAGAAGGUCGACAUUGCCAAAAAGUCUCUGAAGGACAGGAAUCUUCCACUCGUUCUGCCAGUGGCUACAAUAAAAGCUGAUACCCAAGAGCCUGAAUCCAGCCCAUAUAGACCUGUUUCCAAUUCACCAGUCAAAGUGUCUGCACCCAAGAAUUUUGUAUGUACAACUCAAAAAACUAGCAAAGAUGAAAAUGAGAAGACAGACACAGUGGAAAUCCCAACUCCAGCUAGUCGUACCCCUGCUCCAAGUCACUCGGCUCCUGCUGGCUCAUCUGUAACAGCCAGUCCCCCUAUGGAAAGUGUACCUGUUGUCCCUAAGGCUGUUGUCCCUUCUCAGACUUCAGCUGGAACACCACCUGUCCCCAACAUUCCUGCCCAAAGCAUUCCAGCUCCAGGUAUUCCGACCUCUGCCAGCCCUGACCCAGAGAUUCCAGAACCAGCCAUUCCAACACCAAUUAUUCCCUCUCAAGCUGUUCCUAAAUCAAAGAGUUCUAAGCCAGAUACCACUAUUUCAACUCCUUCUCACCCUGAACCUCUUAAACCAAAUAUAAAUAUGCUCAGUUUAUCAGAAGUUUUUCCUCCCCCUGAAGGAAGUCCACCUCCAGAGUUCACUGAUAUUCCUCCCCCUGUUCUUUUUGGAGAUUUUCCCGAUGGAGACCUUACUGAGCAAGCUAUACCCACUCCAGCGAUCUGUACAUUUAUCGAUCCAGUUCCCAGGAGUCCAGUUGUCUCCAGGUCAGCCUCCCCUGCCCCAUCCACCCGUACAGUGAUAUCCACAGAGCCCUUGGUGAUGCCCUUAGAGUAUACACAUGGUCCAGACUCAAGACUUAUAGUCUCAAGCCCUCCUCCAUAUGUUCAUUCUCCAGCUGCACCUGUCGAUGUGGUUCUUGAGAACGCAAAAGCUCUUAGUCACAAUACAGCUAUUAACCUAGAGAGGACUAAUGAGGACCAGUCCUCAUCCAAGACGCUUUCAGUCUUGGCGAGAGCGCAGGAGAUGGCCUCAGUUAAACGGACACCAAAUGAUAGCCGAAUAUUUAGCUUUCUGGAAAGGGCUAAGAGAAAGAGCACACCCCCAAUUGAGACAGAUACACCCGAGAUACCUCUGCCUGAAACUCUCACACCUCUGCCUAAGACUAUCACAACUGAGGUGACUCAACCUAAACUAGCUACACCUGAAAAAGCCUCACUACAGUUUGCCACAACUGUAGAGCCAUUGCCUGAGAAAGCCCCACCUGUACCAGAAGGGUUUGAUACACCUGAACUUCCUCCAGUUGAUUAUGUGGAUCAUACUCGGGUGCCAACUAAAACCCACCCCCCUGAAACUGCCAAGGUUAAUGGCCUUGAUCAGAGGAUGGUGACAGUGGUCAAAAAUGUUCACCCCCCUCCCCCUCCGCCUAGGAAGGCUCUGCCAGCCAUACCCACUGUGGACCCUCCACUUGAGAAACCAACUCAGUCUCCUGCCAGAGACCUCCAGAUUCCCACAACACAAUUUGAACCUCUAGAAACACAAGAAGAUUCACUACAUGACAACUCAUCUGUGGAUGUGUUUUAUGAAGAUGUUAAUGUGUUUUAUGAAGAUGUUAAGGAACCCUUGGCUCCAGCAGUUUCUACCUUUAGGCCUCCAUCAAUCCCAUCAUCAGAUUCUAGUUCCAGAAGGCCAGUUUCAGUUCAUGAGGAAGCAUUCCUGAAACAGUCGGGCCCAAAACAUCAGGUUCAAGAAAAUGCGUUUCUGAACACGUGGGAUAGAAACAAUGUGUAUGUGGAUUAUGGGUCUGUGAACUCUGGCUCUCCAAAUCCAGACACUCAAGCUGCUGAACCUCAGGACUCAAUGCAAAGCUCACCUACCUUGUCUCCAUCAGGGACCCUUGAAAGAGGUCACAAUGUUAAUGAAGAUCAAGCAAGCAGUAAAAAAGUCAAACCAAUAAAUAAUAAGAAACAGAAAGGACCUCCAAAGAAUCCAUAUGAUGAUACAGCGGCUGUGGAGGCUCCACCUAAACGGUUGUUCUCCAGGAAGAACUCAGGAAAAGCGGCAGAUGAAAAAGAACUAAAGAAGAAAGAGAAACAGCGUGAAAAGGAAAAAGAGAAAGAGAAGGAAAGAGAAAAGAAGGAGCAGAAAGAAAAGGAAAAGAAGGAAAAUGAAAUGAGAAAAAAAUUUAAGAUCACAGGCCAGGAAGAGGCCAUGUAUCAUGUUAAAGCGAUUGAGGACUGUAAGGGCCGUAAAAACGACCUACCGGUGAAUGUUGGAGACACCGUGAGCAUCAUCCGUACCAACAAUUGCCCUAAAGGGAAAUGGCUGGCUAAAGACAGCAACAACAAAUACGGUUAUGUCCCUGUGGAGAGUAUGGAUAUGAACAUCAAUGGAAUAUUGGAGCUGGGGAAGAUGACAACAGCAUCUAACAGAUCCAACGGCAAUGGACACAAAAACACAGAGGACAUCAGAACAAACAGCAGGACCUCAGAGCAUUAUGACAUGAACCUUGAAAGCUUCUCAGAAGACAGUGAGGAGUGGACUGGCGAUGAUGAUGACCCUGUGUUUGGCUCUCCCAAUGAAAACUCACACAUAGGGCUGAAUCAGUCGCUGGCCACACCAGCUCAAGGUGAGUCAUUGAUGAUGAGACAUGACGGAAAAAUGUUCACGGGAAACCUGACCACUCUGGGGAAACUGUCAUUAUAG